AUGGAUACAAGAAACAUCAAUGUUCCAAGGUCAUAUACAACGCCGAGAUUAGAAGUUGUCCAAGUAGAUUACUAUAAAGAUAUCAUAAAUCACAUUUACUUUUCAUGCGGAAUGCAAAUCUUUUAUAUGUUUUUGAUUGCUUCAUGUAUGCUUAUUAGUUUAUGGAUAGUUACUCACAUAGCUUCGUACCCAGGUAUAUGCUAUUUAGACCAUCUCUGAUUUUUCAUUGUGGAAAUUCUGCUUUCUUCUUUUGUUAUCUUAGAAGUUUUGAUUCGGUUCUUUUUACUCGGAUCAAUGAAAUUUUGAAUUAGUUGGAGUAAUAGGUUUGACUCAUUCGUGGCUUUUCUAUGUGUGAUAGGAAUAGCUAUCACUGUUUGCUAUUUUGCAAUUCAUGAUAUUGAAGAAACUGUAGGAAUUAGUUUAUUAGUCAUAAGAAACUCGAUUAGUCUUAUACGGGUUGUGGUGUUUUUUAAAAACCAGGACAGAGCUUUGUUGAGCAGUGUACAUUUGGCAGAUAACCCAGGAAUUCUUGACGAUUUCCAAAGCUCUUUGGUACCUGAGCGAGCUGAGCCAGACCAAAAUGAGAAGAGAGAAAGGUUCAUUUAGUGGCAUUUUUUCAGGCCCAAUUAAGGACUUUUUAAAAAAAUUUCUUGUUCUUCUUUCUGAUUGAUAUCAAAAUUGUAACGCCAUCACAUAUUAGUGACAUCAUCUCUUGGGAGAUCCCUGCUCCUUCUGAAUCCAAACUCUAGCGGCUGCUGCUAGUCCUAAUUCAGAGGGAAAAUCGGCUGGAGAUGAUUGUCUGGACCUCCUUCACGCCUCCAACCCAAUACGAAGCCUCCUAGCACCCCUUUAUUUCGUGAAGUCACCCUAAAUUUGCUGCUACACUCCUCAAGGACCUAGUGAAAAGUCUAUUUAUUCUGGCAAAACUCACUCAGACCUUCCACAAGAGUAGACCCUCGGGUAAUAGCGCUUGGAGGGUUGGCUUUUUGUUGCCUCAAUGCUAUAAAAAAUAAGUCAGACCAAAAUGAAGAUAGAAUAAUAAUAAAUUUCUAG